CAUUAAACAAGACAGUCUGCUGUAUGUGAAGUGCGCCAUCUUUGCAGUCUACAAGCUGCUCGAUUGCUAACUUGAGGCGCGUCAACAUUGCGCAUUAGGACGCAGCGUUGAUAGCGAAAAGUGUUUGUUUUUUAUUGUUGUUGAUGUUUUGUGAAGUGAGAAUGUUUUGGCUGUAUUAAGGACAUUUUUAAAACAGUUAAUAUUAUUGUUAGCAGUAAUUCCGAGUGGUAAUUACAUAUGUAGACGAGCUGCUGAUGACGUAACCAGGAAGUGUAAACCAAGUGAAGGGACUCCUUCGACAGUUCACUUUUUUGCAAGACGUUUCUUUGUUUAAAAAGUAUAUUUUAUGUGUGUUUUUCUUGAAUGGUCAGUAAGACAGUCUCUGAAUCGUCGACCGAGCCUUGUUUGUGACCGGAAUGAGUGACAGAAGCUGCGGUUCCAUGCCGGUGGCCCGCACUGUGCUUCAGCAGUGUCUGCAAGCCCGGCUGCAGGUGACCCCGGCCGGGGAGCAUUCAGAGGCCCAAUGGGUUCAGGUCGAAAGAGGAAUGGUGAUCUACGUCUGUUUCUUCAAAGGAGCAACAGACGACAUCCUGCCCAAGAUGGUUUCCACGCUGUUGAACUUGCGGCUGUGCGAGUCAGACUCCGGGAAGAUGGUGUCGGUGCUGGAGCUCCCCGGCAGCGUGCUGGUGGUCCCUCAGGCCACAUUGGGGGGCAAAGCCAAAGGCAAAGCCAUGCAGUACCACAACAACAUCGGCAAAGAGGACGGACUGCGGCUCUACGGCGCUUUUGUUUCUCUUUGUGAGCAGGAACUGGCGGCUGUGUCGUCCAACAACGUGACAGUCAAACACGGAACCUACGGGAACAGACAGGUCCUGAAGCUGGACACCAACGGGCCUUACACGCAUCUGAUGGACUUCUGAAAAGCCGAGAUGUGUGUGGAGUUAAUUCAAGGAGAAUUAUCGCUCCAAAUGAGGCCUGGGUGUUUGUCCUCUGAUGAAGAUAAAACCCGAAUCGGUUCCAGACCUGGCAAUGGUGCGUAAAUAUUCACAAAGUAAGAUUAAAUAAAUGAAAUAUUUGCAUUAACUUUCAUAGACAACCUCCUUAAAACCUUAAAGGGACCUUUUGAAACCCUUUUAGACACCUCAGCUCCAAAUUGUAACACUCCGUGUACCAUUGGACCAAGCUGGCGAGGACACAUGGUCUCCAUACGCUCUACCCAGGCCCUUCAGAUAUGAAAUAUUACCCCGUAGUCAUCUUUACACUAUUACCCGAUGUAUUAGACAUCAUAAAAACACUAUAUAGACAUAUGUUAGCGUCCUACGCAUCACAACCGAUGUUUUCUGAAUGCCUUAUACGGCGUCAGGCAAAUGACACAUUUGUAGGUUAAAUAAAAGGAAAAUAAAGUAAAGAAACAAAAAAGCGUUUUUAUUUUCGAAAAGUACAUAUAAUGCCAUUUUUUAAAAAUUAAUUUUUGAGUCGCUGCCAAGAAUUGGAGCGGUGAGCAUGGCGCUUUCAUCGUGGAAACGUUUAUCCCAACAAACGAAUCUGUAACUGCAACACAACCAGCGUUCCGUUUGCAUUUCAAUCUUGGUAGACAUGAUCCCGUAGCAGCUCCAAACGCCAUCUUGUUAUGGGGUACCAACCAAUCAGAGCUGCUGGAUCUGCAUUGGAACUAAAAUCAACUGAUUAAAAUUUUAAACCAUCAUGAAACAGAAUGGCAUUAUAGUCAUGUUGUUUUACUUUAUUUGCCUUUUAUUUAACCUACAAAUGUGUCACAUCAUUUUGCCUGACCAUGUACUUGUACUGUAGUCCUUUGUGUGCUUCAUUUAGGACGGAAAUAUGUACAAUUUGCUUAAAUAUGCACAAUUUUGGCCCACGAACUAAGGAACUAGUUGAGUACCUCAUUUUUUUUGCUUUGAGGAGUCAAAAUAAGUAACCAAAAAUAAAUAAGAUUUUUUUCUAAAUAAAUAAUACAUAAUUAAAAUGUGGGCUGUACGGUGUCGUUCACAUGCAGGUCUCGCAGCUAGGAAACCCGAGUUCGAUUCCACCCUCUGCCAUUUCUGUAUGGAAUUUGCAUGUUCUCCCCGUGCAUGCGUGGGUUUUCUCCGGGUACUCCGGUUUCCUCCCACAUUCCAAAAACAUGCUAGGUUAAUUAGCCACUCCAAAUUGUCCAUAGGUAUGAAUGUGAGUGUGAAUGGUUGUUUGUCUAUAUGUGCCCUGGGAUUGGCUGGCCACCAGUCCAGGGUGGACCCCGCCUCUCACCCCAAGAAGACAGCUGGGAUAGGCUCCAGCACCCCCUGCGACCCUCGUGAGGAUAAGCGGUAGAAAAUGAAUGAGUCAUAAAUCAUAUCCAUGUAUCCACAAAGCACCAUAUAGUGUAGCAAGCUGUAAAGCUAAUUAAUAGCAUCCCAAGACGUGCCCAGUGAGCAUGGUGGAUGAAUAGCGAUGGGUCCUACGUAUGUUAAAUAUCAAUUUAAAAAUAUGCCUAAGUGAAUCGUCUAAACAAGCAAAAGUUGAGUCGGAUGACUUGAUUAAUCUCGAAUAUGCGAUGACUAAAAUAUUCAAUAGUUGCAGCCCGAGUUGAAUUAUUGACACCAUAUGAAAUGAUUCCAAUUAAAGUUAUCUUUAAUGGCCCUUUAAGGACAUGUAAAUAAAGUGUUGCUGACACAUCAACAAUGGUUCCUAUCAGUUAAUGUCCCUUUUUGGCCAGCAGUGCAAAAGCAACGUCUACAAGUCACGACUUAAGUCAUCUUCAUCUAUCAGGUAGUCACAAACGUCUCGUCAACUAAAUUAAGUUCAAUUAAUUUCAUCUAAUGAAACAUAUCAGGAUUGAAAUGAGGA